GGAGGACCUGCAACUGUUCUUGCCGACUUUGCAAAAGAGAUCAAGGAGAGGAAAUUAAGGGCGCAUUCGUCGUACCGCACCUUGAAAGACUUCAAGGAAAUCUUGGCAAAGUAUGGAAUCGUAAGCGGAGACAUAACUCGCAUUCCACAGUUUACACCAGUCACCCAUAAAAUCGACGAUGAUAACCCAGCAUUCAAAUUUUGUGUUGAGGAUAUACUCCGCAGGAUAAAGAACAUGGGAACAGUUGUAGACACUAACGAGGCUAUGCGCUGUGAAUACAUUUCGACAAUCUUGCAUGCAUCGGUUAGCCUUCUCGAAGAUUUGGUCAUCUCUCCUCAGGCUGAUAUAGUUGGUGAAGAAAAUACUGGCCGUGUCGACUACGCGAUCAAAAAAGUAAUCAAUGAAAUGUUGGAGGAAAUUAUUUGCAUAACUGAGGGCAAACAAAAUCAGGCCACUAUGGGUAUUUGCCAGAAUUUAAUGCAAUGUCGAAGCGCGUGCGAUAUGAAUCUAGAUAUGAUCAAGAGAAAGCGGAAGGCCGACGAAGCAUUCGAAGCUGACUAUGAGUAUGUCUAUGGUAUAGUCA